UCAUUCAAAAUUGAAAAAGCUUGGAAGAUUCAUUGAAAGAAUCGCCCAUUUCCAUGCUGCUGUGAAUCACAUUUUUCGUUCGCACUCCUGGAUUGCACACUCUCGCAUAUCAGUUGUUUAUCGUACACUUGGCCAUUAAUUUUGCCAAGCCUGUCUUUAGGUAGAGAGAGUAAAGCUUUCUCGGAAUACUGUGUUGUACUAAAUCCCAUUGGAUUUAGUAUAUUCUUAGUAAAUGAGAAAGUUUAUAUUUUUGUUUUGUUUUACGCUUUGUCAAACCAAGUUUAUUAGUUAAAUAGUAAAUUGGUGUGUACUUCGACGAUGGGUUCGACGAAGUUUUGGUGUAAUGUUCUUAUUUUUGUAAGAAUAGUUUUCCUUACGUAAUGCGAUAACUAACGUUUCCCAAAUGCAAGCGUAUGCCAGUGUUUUUCCUAUUGCGAGGAUAGAUGUGGACUUGUUGUUGAGCUGAAUUACGAUGUAGAAGGUAAUGACGGUAAUGUCUGACGUCUUGAAUUCAGUUUGUGAUGCACGGUGGUUCAUUCUUGAGUGGAGGGUACUUUUUCGUGUGCGUGCACGGUUGCUGACAUCACGGACCGCCGCGGUGAGGCCGGUUGGAAUUCCGGCAAAUUCUUGAACCAACAACCCACAAGCGAAGAGCGGAAGAGCGCAAGAAACAGCGCAAAGCAACGAAGAAGCGUAAAUCUUAGGAAUUUGCUGCACCCGCAGUGUGGUGGUUAUGUGUUAGACGAAAGGAGAGGAAACGGUGGAAAGUGACGUGACAACAUGAUGGGGAAAUAAAUUAUGCGUCCGGUAGCUCCAAGUCCGGUGGUUGUGCUGGCGAUGGGGGAUUAAACCUUUCGCUCGCUGUGGAAUCGACGAAGACGACGACGACGACCCAAGGGAGAUAGUUUUCGUGAGUGAACACCAGUGGAGCUUUACGAAGAUUUAAAGUUGUUUGUUUGGUGCGGAAGCCCGGUGGGUGGUGAAGCAGUUGUUUUUGUGAGAAAGGUUGCGGCAAGUGGAACCUGGGGAGAAUAAGAAGUGCUGUGUUUUCGGAGGAUGCCACGAGGUGAUUUUCGGUGGUAAUUGGAUGGAAUACAUGGAACGAUCAGUGCCUUGAAAUCUACGGAAGAUAAUCAAAUCUUAAAAUUGUUCAAUUUUAUGAUCGAAGCAAGCUCGACCAAUUAUUUCAAACGAUCCAGUGGCAGGCAAUUUUACAUCUCGUUAACAAGCCACUCCAAAUGAGCACCAUCACCUCCACCAGCACCAUCAGCUCCAUCGCCAUCGUCGACCAUCAGCCCACCGCCCAUCGCAGCAAUUCAGUCAUCAUUGAAAAUUUUCAGAUUGACUCGUAAUGUCCUGACCGAAGGCUACGCCGAAGAUGAACUGCACAGCGCUUAACAGCAACCAAAUUGAAACGACGCCCAACAACCAUCCUCGGUUGGCAGUACCGACGGCUGCCACCAGAGCCUCCGUUGGAGUGCCGGUAUCGAAUGAUUCCACCAGUUCCGGAAUUUUCUUCCAUCACACCAACAACCUCCUGGACGUUCCGCGAUCGAACAACUCCGAGGAGGGCAAGUCACCAACCGAACUGAACAACUGCCGACGAUUAGCGGAGAAGCCUCCUUUGGUCAAACGUCUAACCAUGGGUAUUCUGCGGACCGCCGAAGACAGCAGACCCCUGGUGCACAGCUCAUCGCCCUCGAGCUCAUCCAGCUCGUCUCAAACGAUCUCCGACGGUUACGUCAACGAAGGCAUCUGCAGCGAAGCCGUCGAGGCGAACGUCGUGUUCAACAAAUUCGGCGACUCGUGUCAACGGACGCUGGUCACGCAAGCUACCGUGGAAGGAUCGCCUCGCUUCAACCACAGCAUAGCGCUGUACCCGCAGGCAGGUCCAACCGGGGCUCCCGUUCCCCUGCGGAACGAUUGUCUCAGUCUGAAGGAGCAACAUGAACUCAAAGGAGCACCCUGGUACCAGGCCGGAAUCCCGAGGGAGAUCUCACUGGAGGUCCUCUCCCGGCAGACCCCAGGAGCAUUUCUGGUGCGCCAGAGUACCACCAAACCAGGCUGUUUCGCUCUGUCCCUCAGAGUUCCCCCACCGGCACCAAAAGUAGCGCAUUAUCUAAUUUUAAGGACGAUACGAGGUUAUAAGAUUAAGGGCUUCACCAAGGAAUUCAGCUCGCUGCGAGCGUUGAUCACGCACCACUCCGUGAUGCCAGAGUUGCUUCCGGUUCCGCUGGCCUUACCACGGCCCCCACCGAUCGUCCCUCGGCAAGAAGAUCCGGAAAUGUACGGCUCGCUGAACGAGUUUCAGAAAAUUAUGGCAGAGUAACCACGGGCACGAAAGACCAACGGUAGUAGCGAAGGACCAUGAUGUGAAAGACUUGGCUAGUCAUUUAACCCCUUUUAGGACUAGGAGAUUACGAUGCAGGCGUUGACAAAUAAAAACAACAAAAUGUGAAAACAAAACUGACUCUGAUAAAUUUGGCUUUAAUUCCAAACGUAAAUCGAUGUUAAGAACACCAAGUUCAAACUGUUUAGGCAUUAGUAAGCGGAUGUGUAUAUCCAAUUGUUGAAACACUUUAUUAGACCGUACGUAGUAAAAUUUAGAACAACUCAUUUAUCUAGUUAUGUAAAGUUUACAUCUGUAGGAUUAGUUAUUCGACAAAUAAAGUUACAGGCAAAUAUGUUACAGACUAAAUGUAUGGAAUGUAUUUAGGCUGAUACAAAUUUUAUUUUGACUUUUUGUCUCCCCCCCCUUCAAACAUUUUUGGCUGGAUUUUGCAUUUUGAGGGGGCAGAUAAAAAAAUAUUUAUCAAAAUAUCGCAACUUGCCAAAAAUUCUUUAACAAAUCCGAUGAGUUUUUAAUAUUUUUCUGAUUUAAUGCUUUAUUAUUUUUAUCCCCCCCCCCCUCGACCAGCCAAAGAGUGGUGGGACAAAAAGUGAAAUAAAUAUUUGUAACGGCCUUAUU